AUGGUCCGAACAUACGCUUUCAAUGCAUCCAGCAGAUCUGAAAUUUUCGAACAGUUCAAACAUACAGCAGCAGCACCUCGAUUUAAUCCAGAAAAUCAUAACAAUUUUCGUUCGCAGGAUACGGUUACAUCUAGUUACACCAAUGAUAACAGGAAAUUCGUCCCCAGUGAGUCCCCAGUUUCUACAACUACCACAAACAGUAUGACGGAUAGUUCUUCUCAUCUCAGCAACCAAGAAAAUAAUAACCAGUACAUGAACAAUGUCUUUCCACCAUUGAAUCAAUCGAACAUCUAUCAAUCUUCUUUUCAUUCCUCAAUCAUUGACCCUCUGAACUCUAUUAUUGCACUUCGACCGUUGUACAUGAAUGGACAGUUGGUAUACAUGCCUGUAGAGCCUCAUAUCAAUAUGAUGAUUAACAAAGAAUUUGGAGGUAUUCGCAACCAAGUACAGCCAGUUGUCCAACAGCCAGUGGUGUUGCCGCAGAUUCAGCCGAAUAUGCCAAUUCUCGCUCAAAACGCUGCUCAGCCAUAUCAAGAGAUGCUCCCACCUCACUCGAUGGUUCGGAGUCAAUCAAGAAAUGACGUUUACCAAAACCGACAGGAUCCCCCCACUCAGGCAAGCCUCAAUCGUCAAUCUGCCAACCAACAAUAUCGUCAAAACACUAUAAAUGCAAAGUAUGGAAGUCUACCGAAUCUUUCACAGAGAACUGGACAAGAACAAUACAAGUUGAGUAGCCAGGAGCAACAUAAAUUGGAGUUGCAACAACAAAUUGAGGAUAAUAAAAGAAGAAAGGCUUUAGAAAAACAGAAGGAAAUUGAGUUGGAGCAGCGGGAAAUUAGAAAUUAUUCGACCUAUUCAGAUGCGAUCUCAAAACCAGAAAAAAGACGUCGUCCGUCAAUUCCCCAACAGCAACAGCAACAACAAUACCGACCUCAACAACGGUAUGAUGACUAUGAUUCGUAUGGAGACAAUGAGGAGCCCAUUCGUCCCGCUCGACAACAAAAUAUGCGUAAUUCGAACUCGUUCUCUGAGUACUCCGAACAGCGACCAUCAUCUCGGUUGAUUAGAAAUCAACCAAGAUAUGAACAACAAUAUAAUGUGGCGAGGGAACAAAGACCUGAUUCUACACAACCAAGAGAAGUGGAAUGGUGGGAGAAGAAGCAGCAGAACAAGAUUGCCGAAAGACAAAGUGCUGUAAUCCCAACUCUACGUGGUAAGCCUCCCGCAGUGCCGGAUAGUCAAAGAAGUGGAUAUGAUUCUUCUGGGUAUGUGGGUGAGCAUCAAAGUCGUCCUAGCUCACGUACCUCACGUACGACAUCAAGCACUCAAAGAUCAUCAGAUGUCCAUUCAGAGGAACCUAUUUCUAGAAAUCCAUCAGGAAGACGAAGAGCACCGACUGCUUUCACCGUUGAUGCUUAA